ACCGCGUGCGUUACGUUUGCACUGCGUUUCUCCUCAUUCUCUCAACAACGAGCACAGAUCGCUGUCGUCAUGGACGUCGACUUGUAUGAUGAAUUUGGCAACUACGUCGGUCCCGAGCUGGAGAGCGAGGGGAGCGAAGACGAGGACGAGAGAGAUGAAGAUGAUGAUGAAGAUGAGGAGAGAAGAGAUGGCGGAGCAACGGAUCUGAUGUUGGUUGAAGAGGAGGAGGAAGGGAGCUCUACUGCAGUUGUGCUUCAUGAGGACAAGAAAUAUUAUCCAACAGCAGAGGAGGUCUAUGGUCCUGAUGUUGAGGCAAUAGUCCAGGAGGAAGACACACAGCCUCUCACAGAACCUAUUAUUGCACCAGUAAAGAAGUUGAAAUUCUCACACAUUGAGUCUGAAAUUCCAGAGACUGUCUACGAUCUAGAAUUUCUAGCUGAUCUAAUGGAUAAUCCAGAAUUGAUAAGAAACGUUGCACUUGUCGGUCACUUACAUCACGGCAAGACGUCAUUUGUUGACAUGCUGAUUGAACAAACACAUCCACAAAUUCGAGCCAGGGAAGACAGAGAUCUGCGUUACACAGAUGUCCUAUUUACUGAGCAAGAGCGUGGUGUGAGCAUCAAGAGCACUCCAGUCAGUCUGGUUUUACCUGACGUAAGAGACAAGUCGUAUUACAUCAAUAUUUUUGAUACACCAGGUCAUGUGAAUUUUUCUGACGAAGUGACGGCCGCAAUGCGUCUCUCUGAUGGUGUCGUCGUAUUUGUUGAUGCAUCCGAAGGGGUGAUGCUGAAUACAGAGAGAUUGAUUAAGCAUGCUGUCCAGGAGAGGAUGCCGAUUAUGUUGUGUAUCAAUAAGAUCGAUCGUCUCAUACUGGAGCUGAAACUGCCACCUGCUGAUGCCUAUUUCAAACUAAAACACACAAUAGAUGAGGUCAACUCACUGAUCAGUUUGCAUUCAGAAGCUCAAGAAGAGCAGAUUGUGUCUCCUCUGCUUGGGAAUGUGUGCUUUGCCAGCUCGCAGUAUCGUUUCUCGUUUACUCUCCUUUCGUUUGCUAAAACGUAUGCCGAUACAUCAGGAGUUGAUAUCAAUCCAGAAGAAUUUUCUCGGCGGCUAUGGGGUGACAUUUACUUCAACCCCACAAAACGAACGUUUACCAAGAAGUUGCCAACAGGGACAAGUCAGAGGAGUUUUGUUGAGUUCAUUCUCGAGCCACUUUUCAAGAUCAUCGCUCAAGUUGUUGGAGAUGUUGAUAACACGCUGCCUCGUGUUCUUGAUGAACUUGGUGUUCAUUUGACAAGUUCUGAGAUGAAGUUGAACAUUCGGCCACUUCUUAGACUUAUUUGUCGUCGUUUCUUUGGUGGAGCAACUGGGUUUGUUUCUAUGUGUGUCCAGCACAUGCCAUCACCUGUUUCAGGUGCACAAGCGAAGGUGGAGUAUGCUUACACUGGACCAAAUGAUGAAGAUCUUGCUGUUGCCAUGACCGAGUGUGAUGCUGAGGGCCCAUUGAUGGUUCACACAACCAAGUUGUACCCAUCUCAUGAUGCUUCAACGUUUUAUGCAUUUGGACGAGUGAUGAGUGGAACAUUGUUAGCCAACUCGGAAGUGAAAGUAAUGGGAGAACAAUACACACUAGAAGAUGAAGAAGAUUCAAGAAUAGUGACAACUGGACGUUUAUGGAUAUCUGAAGCUCGGUAUCGUAUUGAAGUGAGUCAAGUGCCCGCAGGCAACUGGGUGCUCAUAGAAGGUAUUGACCAACCCAUUGUGAAGACAUCAACCAUCACACAAGUGAGAGGAAACGAAGAGGCUCAAAUAUUCUCGCCUCUCAAGUUCAACACGUCGUCUAUCGUAAAGAUUGCUGUAGAGCCAGUCAAUCCAUCCGAACUUCCCAAAAUGUUGGACGGACUGCGGAAAGUCAACAAGACAUAUCCACUCGUCUAUACGAAGGUUGAGGAGUCUGGAGAGCAUGUAAUAUUUGGAACAGGGGAACUUUAUAUGGACUGCAUCAUGCACGACCUCAGGAAGAUGUACUCAGAAAUCGAAAUCAAGGUGGCCGAUCCUGUCGUUGCAUUUUGCGAGACCGUCGUUGAGACUUCAUCAUUAAAAUGCUUUGCAGAGACACCAAACAAGAAGAACAAGGUAACGAUGAUUGCGGAACCUUUAGAGAAAGGUCUAGCAGAAGAUAUCGAAAACGGAGUCGUGCAGGUCAACUGGAACAAGAAACGACUUGGCGAGUUUUUUCAGACGAAAUAUGAUUGGGAUCUGUUAGCAGCUCGCUCUAUAUGGGCAUUUGGUCCAGACGUUAAUGGACCAAACAUUUUGGUGGAUGACACAUUGCCAUCUGAGGUUGAUAAGAGUUUGUUGUCAACAGUUAAGGAAUCGAUUGUGCAAGGAUUUCAGUGGGGAACGCGCGAAGGCCCGUUGUGUGAUGAACCAAUUCGGAACGUGAAGUUUAAGAUCUUGGAUGCUGUUGUUGCAUCGGAGCCGAUACAUCGAGGUGGAGGGCAGAUCAUUCCGACUGCAAGACGAGUGGCAUACUCGGCAUUUCUUAUGGCUACUCCUCGUCUAAUGGAGCCUUACUACUUCGUCGAAGUACAAGCACCAGCUGACUGCGUAUCAGCAGUCUACACCGUUCUAGCAAGAAGAAGAGGUCAUGUGACCCAGGAAGCUCCCGUUGCUGGCUCUCCUUUGUACACAAUCAAGGCAUUUCUCCCGGCAAUCGACUCGUUUGGAUUUGAAACAGACUUAAGGACUCACACCCAGGGCCAGGCAUUCUGUCUCUCAGUGUUUCAUCACUGGCAGAUUGUUCCUGGAGAUCCUCUUGAUAAGAGUAUUGUUAUUCGACCGCUGGAGCCUCAACCUGCACCUCAUCUGGCGAGAGAAUUUAUGGUCAAGACUCGACGAAGAAAAGGUCUCAGUGAAGACGUCAGUAUCAACAAAUUCUUUGAUGACCCCAUGUUGUUAGAACUCGCUCGGCAAGACGUCAUGUUUAGCUACGCAAUAUGAACUCCGAACCUUAUAUACGGGACAUUAAAACGCCUGCUAUCUACACAACAACUCACG